GAAACACUCUCUGCUGAAAAUAGACGCUUACCUCUUUCUCUGGGUGGGCAGCAGUUGCGGGCUCUCAUGCUUGAUCACCAUCCCCAGGCAGUGAGAGUAGAGUGCACAUGGCUGGGUGGCCUUUGGGGGAAUUUCCCCUGGCCGCCUGGCUUGAGUUGCCGCCAGAUGCUGCACCCCAAAUUAGCCAAUGAGUCGCCUUUCGGGAGGGGGUGCCUUGCAGGCUGAGAGGGUAUUGGCUGCAUGCAUGUCCUCGCAGCCAGUGAGGCACAAAAGCUGGCAGCACCAUCCUGCCUCAGCGCAGUUGGCACUGACCCGGGUUUGGGGCAGCACUGUGACUCAGCCCACAACAAAGGAAUAAACAAACCAAGGGACAUAGCUCCUUUGAACUCCAACUUAGUUAGUUAAAACUAGAGAAUUCUUUACCACCCAAGUAUGUAUUUCCAAUAAUAAACCUCUUUCUUAUUUUUCCACCUCUCUCCUAACAAGGAUUCACAGGCUGAAAGCCUCCAAGCUGUGCAGUAACUUUGCAUAUCAGUCAACAACCACUCUAUUCUGCUUUGGUGAAGCAUCAAGAGUACUAUGUCCAGUCCUGGGCAUUACAGUUUAAGAAGGAUACUGACAAACUGGAACAACUCCAGAGGCAAGCAACAAGGGUGGUGGAAAAACUGGAGACCAAGCCAUAUGAGAAAAGAUUUCUUCUCAACCUUUUGGAAGCAAGGGCAAUUACUGAUUUGGGGAAGAACGGACUAGGUGGAUAAUCUAAAAUUUAUCACAAUUUCACUCUACAUAAUUUCAUCGAUAAACAUGUUAUUGGUAAGAAAAUGUAUUUUAUGCUUAUAAAGUAGACAUCAUAAAAUGUAUUUUAUGCUUAUAAAGUAAAUAACUUAAGGCCACUGGUUUCAGUGGGUCCGCUCUACAUACUCAUAGCCUGACACAUAUCACCCCAUGUGAACAAAUGGUAAUAUUUAUAUUAGUAAUGAUUUUUAUCCUACAAAAUUUGAGAGUCGGAUUAGAAAGGCAUGGAAAACAUGGGCCUUCUCAAAAUCAAUUAUGUAAAGACUAAAGUGAUAAUCCUUGGUAGGAAACUGCUCUUUUCACAAAUGAUAAUUAGGUAAAAUUGAUGCAUAGGUCAAUCAACUGUGGUCACUUUCCUCCAUAUCGAGGUCAAAGGAUGAGGGAUAUGAAAUAGAUGGCUGCCUCUAAAAGUGGUGUAGGAUUUGUAGUCUGCACUUUUGUUUCCACUAAUGGACCAGGCCCAGUUCAAGGUAUUAGUAAUGGUGUACAAAGCCCAAUACAACCUAGCAAAAUACUUAAAGGCACACUACCUCUGAUACUUUCAGAUAUCUGCAGGGUAAGUGCUGCUCAUGGUGCUGUUGAUGGGCACAGCACUGGCAUGGGUCAUGGCAUUCUUGGCAAUGGUUCACAAUGUCUGGAACACAUUCCUGACUGACAUCAGAAUUUCUCCUGCAUUGCUGACAUUUAGUUGCCAUAUUUAUUUCCCCAGACUUUUUACUGCCUGAUGCUGUUUCGAAGGUUGUUAUUGAUUUUCUGUAAUUUUAAAUAUUUUCAAUGGUAUCUACUAUAUGCUGGGCUGUGAUUAUAAUAAAAUAAAAUGUACAUUUGGAUGCAAGCAUUCUUUAGUUCUUAUAGACUCUGAAUGUCAUCUCAGAAAUGGGAUGUUCAGCAAUGAAUUAUGUUGUCCACCAAUGUUUGAGCAGAGAUGCACCCAACUGCCAAUUGUUAGUUGGAAACCAAGGACAGGAGAUGAUCCGAUCCUCAUGUCUUUGUGGUCCAUGACUCACUUAACUCACACCUAUUUCUAUCAAAUUGUGCUACUCAUGCUGCCCAACAGGUGCAACUGCAUCUUGCAUGACCUAUUUGCGCUACAUACAGCUUAGAGUUCUCUUUGUGGGAGAUUCUGAGGUCCUUAUCUUAUUCUGCUGGCACUUGGAACCGGUGAAAAAGUAGUAAUGAAUACCAGAGCCUCUUCCUGUACAUGGAUGAAGCAGGACCCUGGGCAGUUCCCAGCAAUUCCUGCUAGCUGAGUUUGGGAUGAUGUUUCAGCAAAGGCUUAAAUCAGGGAUGGCGAAUCUGUGGGCCUUCCUGAUGUCGUUGGAUUCCAACUCCCCUCACCCACAAGCAGCAUGGCCAAUGGUGAGAUAUUUAAUUUAAUUUUGUGUAUUGCUUAUAUCCCAUGUUUCCUUACUAGGGAAAGCCCAAAGUGUUAAACAGAAAAAUAAACACAAAAUAUUACAAUAAUCAAUAACCAUGCCCCCAUGUAAAAAUGUUUUAUUUGAGGUUUUAGAAGGUCACAUGCCGGGAGGGGAUGGGGGGAGGUGGGAUUCAAGAGUAACAGUGAAUUCUGAAUAAACCAGAAUAUAUAAAUUCAGUGGGUUAAAUCCCAAGAAAACAAGCUGAAGUAUUAAUGAAAUGACCCAGAGAAACAAUGCUAGGAGCAGAAUGAUAUCACAAAACCAUUUCUCCUCAAAUUACUGGGCCAAUUUAUCAAAUUAUUGGUGGAAAUGGUUUUCUUCCCAGCCCUAAUUGCAGCUAUUUGCACCUUGAUCCUAAAUCUGUUCACCUCAAUCAAGGAAAGAUGAUGUGAAUGUUGAAGCAGGAUCCUGUGUAUGAUGAUACUAUUCAAACUUUCAAAAGUGUGUUCCACAGGGUAACUGCUUGGUUUCAGAGUUAUGUCAGCAUAUGCAUCUCUGUUUGGGUUGGGCAGAGAUACUGAAUCUAGUCCUCUACACUGCCACCCCUAAACAGGUGACUGGUGUGCUGUCAAAGGAUACCACACAAGCCAGCUGUCCUGGAUAUAUGCACAAGGAGAUUCCUUCUCAACAGUACAUGUCUUGUCUACUACUGCACUCAAUGACCUGUGUAGAGUGGUCAUUAUGUGUUUGUUCCCUGUAAUGUAUUUAGUAUUAGGAUGUAAAUAAGAUUCUAUCUCCUUAAUUACUUCUACCACCUGAACUCAAACAUAAUCAAAUUAAUAAAACAUGCAUAUGUAGACUGGUUAAGAUUUUGGUUUUAAAUUCUUAGCUAUUAGUGGUGUAUUUCACAUUUCAUUUUUAAAAAUCCAUAUUGUUAAAUAAAAUAUUUAAGAACAAUUUUAAUUUAUAAGAGUGACAGUCUUUACACUUAUUAAAUGUUUUCUUUUUCAAUUAUUGGCCAGCCUUUUUAGAUAUGGGAAGGAUACAUAGACUGAUUCAUAAUAAAAGCAGCAGCUGAUUCACAUUUAAGAAUGGUAAUACUAUCUUUUGAUACUGCUGGCCAUGCUCCUUGGAAAUAUUCUUACAGCCUGUGAGGAGAUACUCUCUAUGGAAUAGUCAGAAAAUCAGCUCACCCUUGGCAGUAACAAAAUGCGGUCUAGCAACUUAUGAGGGACAUGGCUUUAACAUCUGACAGUUAGAUUCAUUGUUGGUUUAGCAGCCAAUCAUUGGUUUUGACGACACAAGUCUAAUGAAGGUUGGAAUAUAAAAAGCCCUCUUGGAAUAUACAUGAUUCACCAGAGUGGUGAGUUGUCUCAGAUUGCAUUUGACUUCAGUGAUUCACACAGUACGGAAAGAUUAAAAAAGGAACCAAAGGAAGGAGAAAGGAAGGAAGGGAAAGCACUGCACUGAAUGUGAGAUCCUGCAGAAAUAAAAAAUGUAUCUUUAUAUUUACCUUUUCAUGUUAAUCAUACCUGGUCCAGUGGAUCUUAAUGAAAGUAACCAGGCAAAUGAAAACAUGGAAAAAGAUGGACUGUGCAACGCAUGUACAUGGAGGCAAAGUACAAAAUCUUCAAGAAUAGAAGCUAUAAAAAUUCAGAUCCUCAGUAAACUGCGUCUGGAGCAAGCACCUAACAUUAGCCGGGAUGCUAUAAGGCAACUUUUACCUAAAGCUCCGCCACUGCAAGAACUGAUUGAUCAAUAUGAUGUCCAAAGAGAUGACAGCAGUGAUGGCUCUUUGGAAGAUGAUGAUUAUCAUGCUACAACUGAAACUAUUAUUACAAUGCCUACAGAGUGUAAGUACGUUUAUUCCUUUAUAAGAUAGCACUAGAGACCAACAAUCUCCUUUUGAUCUCAUCUAACAAAUUGCUUGUGGAAGCAUGCAACUGAGAGAGAGAAAAGCAUUUUUUUUAAUUGAAUCAUGUUCUACUGACAAGUAAUUUUUCUUUUAAUGGUAUUUCCCCCUUUAUAUACAAACUAACAAUUAACUUGUUUAUUGCUGUUGGUAUGUAAAUUUAGUUAAUCAACCUCAUUAUUUCAGUAAUUUAUUGUGCAAAAGUAAAAAAGGCAUAUUAAUGCAUCAGUUUGCAUUAGCAAAUCUUCUAGGGACACUUGUUUUUAGGAGUUCCAGAAAACAGGGAGUAAGGGGAACAUCCAUGUAACUGACAAAAUAAAACAUUAAGCUUCAAUGUACUAAUAUAUUUUUACAUGUUUUCACAUACAGAUAUAUAAAUUAUAACUAUGCCAAAAAUUCUGUGUGAAAAUUCCCCAAACUCCUACUUUUUGAAUUUUGGUGCUUAUUCACAAUCAUUCUUCUGAUCAUGUUGCACUGGCACAAUUUUUUAAUUAUAGCAGAGCUUUCGUCUCUUCUUCCUUACACUAUCUCAGCCAAUCAUGUAUCACAUAGUGAAUUUGAUAGCAUCAUAGAACCAAUUAGAUUAGGCUACCUAAUGUUGUCAUGGGACGCGGGUGGCGCUGUGGGUUAAACCACAGAGCCUAGGGCUUGCCAAUCAGAAGGUCGGCGGUUCGAAUCCCUGCGACGGGGUGAGCUCCCGUUGCUCGGUCCCUGCUCCUGCCAACCUAGCAGUUCAAAAGCACGUCAAAGUGCAAGUAGAUAAAUAGGUACCGCUCCAGCGGAAAGGUAAAUGGCGUUUCUGUGCACUGCUCUGGUUCGCCAGAAGCUGCUUAGUCAUGUUGGCCACAUGACCUGGAAGCUGUACGCCGGCUCCCUCGGCCAAUAAAGUGAGAUGAGCACCGCAACCCCAGAAUCGGUCACGACUGGACCUAAUGGUCAGAGGUCCCUUUACCUUUACCCUUUACCUAAUGUUGUCAGUGAGGGCAAAAAAUCCAGCCGGAACCCCAAACUCAGCUCUAGCUGCACCCCAAAGUAAUUGAUUGAAUUAAUGUACUGGAAGGAGCCCAGGUCAAACAUUAAACACUUCCCACUAUAGUACUGCCUUCAGAUGUCUUCUAAAAGUUGUAUAGUUAUUUAUUUCUUUUGACAUCUGAUGGGAGUGCGUUCCACAGAGAGGGUGCCACUGCCGAGAAGGCCCUCUGCCUAGUUCCCUGUAAUCUCACUUCUCGCAGUAAGGGAACUGCCAGAAGUACCUCAGAGCUGGACCUCAGUGUCUGGGCUGAACAAUGGGGGUGGACAUGCUCCUGCAGGUAUAUUGGGCUGAGGAGGUUUAGGGCUUUAAAAGUCAGCACCAACACUUUGAAUUGUGCCUGGAAAUGUACUGGGAACCAGUGAAUUAUAUGGUGAUAUGGUCCCGGCGGUCACUCCCAGUCACCAAUCUAGCUGCCGCAUUCUGGAUUAGUUUUAGUUUCCAAGUCACCAAGUCAAUACUCAUUCAAACAUGUGUCCUGUUGAGGUAACAUAGUACUGAGAGACAACGUUCCUUUUCUGCCAAGGUGUGUUCUGCGGCGAAAAUGUUACCAGACAGGAAGGCUUGGUUGAGUUGUCAAUACAUCCAGAGCCACAUACUCUCUCUCCAACAAACGUUUUCAUGCCAUUUUGCGUCCCCGCAAAACACUAAACAUGACGGGUACUUUCUGAGUGGCAAAAAUGUUCACAACACUCAGUCUCUGUGCUUAGCUCUAGCAUACAUUUGCUUUCUCCUAAUCUAAUUACUUUGUCCACAGUUGUUAAUAAAUACAAUCUAUAUAUUAACCACAUUAUUAAUCUAAUGCAUUCAUUAAUGUAGCACCUAAUAAAUGCCAAUGGUGCUAUAUUUUAAAUAAUGAAAUGUUCAUGCACAGCUCUAGGAAUUCUAUUAGUUGUGUUAAGAAGGAAUGAAGAUAUUUACUGAAUGAGCAGAUUCUUAGUUAUCUUCUUAGUGCUGAGCAUCUGCCAUGGCUCCUAUCAAGUAUCUUUUGCACAGCUUAUAUUAUAGUAUCUUAUGUUCUUCAUUAGCUGAAGUAUUUGGCUAUGGCAGCUGUUUUCGGAAUAACACUUAAGGCGAUGAUAAAAUAAAGUAAAAGGACAGCUUGAGCACACACGACUUAGAUUUGCUACCAGCAACAGUGGCAUAAAAUAUUCAAAAGGAGUGAAAUGGUUAUUUUAACAUUUCUUUUGGAGAAAAUAAUCAAGAAUUUAUGUUUUAGAAAUUCAUAUUUAAAGAAACAUGAUUUAAUUAUUUGUGCUGACUUAUCCAAAACAUUGUAGAAAAUACUUUUAUUCUAUUUAUUUCACUCUUCAUUGAUGGCAUUUUAAAAAUGCAAAAACUUUUUUGGUAACUUAAUAUGAAAAUGACUUAAGAGUACAUGUCUACUCAGAAGUAAAUCCCCUGUGAUUAGGAUUGCAGCCUUAACAUAUUUUUACUUCAGGCACAGGAUCUUGGGUCUGCAACCACAUCCCAAUUAGAAGCAGGCCCAUGCACAGAAAAGAAUGCUAUUAUAAAUCUGUCCUUUAUAUUGCUGUCUCUGGAAAAAGCCACUCAUAUAGGGGUUCUUUGUGGUACAUGAGUGCUAGAAUACAUAAUAUGUGAUAUUAUUUUACACUAGAUGUACGGAGAGUUAAAAUGUAUCUAACAGCUUAUAUAAUCUCACUGUAUGCUAAAAUAAGAUUUCCUACUAUACUGCAAUUCCUAGUCUCACAAAGCAAGUCAGAUAUGGCAAAUUAAAAAUCAGAAAAUUAAAAUAAAGUUAUUAACAAUACAUUUUGUUGCAAUGCAAAUGAAAGCAACUUGGUUUCUGCUAUACUUACUCUGUCAUAGCUUAUUCACAACUUUACCAUACAGUGGUACCUCUGGUUAAGUACUUAAUUCGUUCCGGAGGUCCGUUCUUAACCUAAAACUGUUCUUAACCUGAAGCACCACUUUAGCUAAUGGGGCCUCCCGCUGCUUCUGUGCUGCCGCCGCACGAUUUCUGUUCUCAUCCUGAAGCAAAGUUCUUAACCCGAGGUACUAUUUCUGAGUUAGCGGAGUCUGUAACCUGAAGCAUAUGUAACCCGAGAUACCACUGUAUGUAAUUAAAAUAGAAAUAACACUAACAUAACUUGAAUGAAUGUUUGCCAUUCAUUGUGUUUUAAGUGGAAGUUAUAUGUCACAGCCACUUUCAGGCUGAGUACACUGUACAAUGUGUUCAGUACCCUUGGUAAUUUUGACUAGGGGGUGGUGGGGAGAGAGAGAGACUUUAUUUCAGAGAGUGAUUUGUACAGCUGGACAGUUAGUAUAACUACACAGACUCUCCAAGAUUCUCAGGGUAUAUUCCCUUAUGAUUUGUUUUCUUUUUAAUAAUCAGUAUAAUUUUAAAAGUUCAGCCUGUCCUUUUCAGCAGAAAUCAGCGUAAUCACAUAGUAUAAACAUUACAUCAUAUUCAUCAUAUCCACUUAGCAGUCCAUGGAAUUCAAUGGUAUUCACUCCCAGGUAAAUGGUACAAGAUCAAAACAUAAAACACAACACAGAAAAAGCAAAUAGUGAAAUUAUAUAUACACAUGAAUCAUUUUCACCUAAGUCCUCAAAUGAACAAGCAAUUCCUUAAGAUUUCAGCGGAUUUCCUCCAAGAAAGGUCUUUUGAGUACUGGAAAUUAAAAAUAAGAUAAAAUCCAAGCUUUUUUGUUUCAUUAAGUUUCUUUCUUAAUCUAUGUUCAAUAUUUCCCCCCUUUUCUUUUCUUCCUACGAUCUGCUUUCAUAUGGCCACUUAUUUUGUGAUUAUGUUUCUCUUUUUUAUUGCAAGCUAAUGGAAUCAUUGUGUUUUAUUGGUAGAUCCAGAUUUAGUUAGCUGCAUGUAGGUAUCAUUCAAAUCAAUAUGAAAACUUAGUUAUGACUUAGAUCCCACUGAAAUCAAGAUAAUCUAGGUGCAACUAAUUUAGUCUGGACUCUGGACCCAACCCUAUGGAAACUGUGAGGUGCUUUAGAGACUCCAGAAGGUGGUGGAAUUCAAAUUAAAUAAAUACAAAUAAAUACUGGAUCCAAGGCCACCAUCUAUUGACAAGGGAGAAUUUUAAAUGUAAAAAGUGACUGGACCUACCCAAAAUACCACUGGAACAGCAGACAUUAUACAUAGAACUAUACAAACUGUGAAUGGGGAUCUCUAUUCGAUAAGGAUUUAUUAUGUGCUCCUUAUUACUGGAUAUGCACUCACUCAGAUUGACCAUAAAUGUUUGCUGCACAUCAAGAGGUUGUGGGAGGGGGAUAGCAAAAUUUUGAUGGAAGUAUUGAAUACUAAUUAAAAUGAGGCAAAGUGUGAAGCACUUGUGGUGGUUAAAAAAAUAAAAGUGGUAUACAUCUUAGAUGGUCACAUGAGAUCUGAGCAACUGUUUCCACUGCAAAUUGUAAGUCACUGCUAAGAAAUUGUCUGAAGAUAUUAUAAAAUGUUUAUAUGUUUUCUGAUGUUUGCAAACAAGUAAUAUUUUCUAUCCAUUUGUUUAUAGCUGAUUUCCCUAUGCCAGUGGAAGGAAAACCCAAAUGUUGCUUCUUUAAGUUUAGCUCCAAAAUACAGUAUAAUAAAGUAGUGAAGGCUCAGUUGUGGAUAUACUUAAGACCAGUCCAGAGGCCUACAACAGUAUUUGUACAGAUCUUGAGACUCAUCAGACCCAUGAAAGAUGGUACAACCUCUACUGCAAUUCGAUCUUUGAAACUUGACAUGAACCCAGGCACUGGUAUUUGGCAGAGCAUUGAUGUGAAGACUGUGUUGCAAAACUGGCUCAAACAACCUGAAUCUAACUUGGGUAUUGAAAUCAAAGCUUUGGAUGAAAAAGGAAGAGAUCUUGCAGUAACUUAUCCAGGACCAGGGGAAGAUGGUUUGGUAAGUUUCACUUGGAAAUUUUGCAGGAACUUAAUUGUAAUUCAUUGCUUAAAAGGAUGUUUCAGACAAAUGAAAGAGGAAUUUACAAAAGCUGUGAUUAUUAAUGCAGUGUGAAAGCUCCAGCAUAUUAAUGAUACCAGGAUCUGGAAAAUGUCCUCCGUGCUCCAGCAGAACAAUUAAACCAGAAUUCUACAUAAACUUCAUGUAGUUGUUUGCCUGUACCUGGAAUUAUUAACACUUAUUUUUGAGUUCCUCAAGCUGAGUGCUAUAUGGAAGGUGGUUAUAUAGGCCAUUUUUAAUAGCUAAAAAUUAAUAACACCAACAAUUUGGGUGUUUGAUGUCUUAAUGAUUUUUAACAGGACAAUGAAAAGGUUUAUGACUAGGAGCCAAAGAGUUCCUCUUUGUAUGUGUCCAAGAGGUUGAGGAUUCACAGUGACAUUUUAAAAUUUUGUCCUUUGGGCAGUACACUGUAUAACAAAUUGUUUUCAAAACCAUCCUAGGUGGUUUUUUUUAAAAAAAUGGAUUGCCAUGUAACAUUGUAGCUGCUGCAAUUCUUCUAGGCUUUAUUUUAUUUUUACCACUCUUCUCCUUACACAUAAAAGCACCUCCCAAGUAAAAAGCAGUCAAGGUUUUUUGUUGUUUUUUUUGUAACAAGGCUGGUUACAUUAUCAUCAUCAUCAUCAUCAUCAUCAUCACAGCUCUCGAAUGCUAUACGUUUAGAAAAAUAUAUUUUGUGUGUCAAAUGUCAAUCACUUUACCAAAAUACUAUUCCUUUUUCUUUAUUCAUAGAACCCGUUUUUAGAGGUCAGGAUUACAGAUACACCAAAAAGAUCACGCAGAGAUUUUGGUCUGGACUGUGAUGAACACUCAACAGAAUCUCGAUGUUGCCGUUACCCGCUGACUGUGGAUUUUGAAGCUUUUGGAUGGGACUGGAUAAUUGCACCCAAAAGAUACAAAGCCAAUUACUGCUCUGGAGAAUGUGAAUUUGUAUUUUUACAAAAGUAUCCACACACUCAUCUUGUACACCAAGCAAAUCCAAGAGGUUCAGCAGGCCCAUGCUGCACACCUACUAAGAUGUCCCCAAUAAAUAUGCUGUAUUUCAAUGGAAAAGAACAGAUAAUAUAUGGAAAGAUACCAGCUAUGGUGGUAGAUCGUUGUGGGUGCUCAUGAGUUCUUCAUUAGGUUUGCCACUUCAUAAAAUAUGGAAUCUAUGAAAAGUAUUUCCCUUGAGCAUUUUUUGAAACUGUGAAUUUUUGUACAAUAGGCCUACCUCUGAUAGGCUAUACUCUAGGCUAUUGUAAAGAUUUCGUACCAGACAAGCUACAGUAUGUGAAUUGAAAGACAUUUUUAUGCAAGGGCUGGUUACAAACCAGUGAAAAAGAUAAGCUACAAUCAAACUCACAGGAUUUCACAAUGAAUUUCUUAUUCUGGGAAGGUAUUUUUUCAUUUAUGCAAACAACAUAAUCAUAUACAAGUUUCAGCAGAUAGAAGUAGAAAAAGGCAACCUCCUUGUAUUCCAGAGAAUGAAAAGGAGCAGGCUAUUAAAUAUAGUCUGAACAGUUGAAUUCACUGUUGUACUUGCAUUAGAGGAUAUAUUUGUGACGUAUAGAGUGAACAGAGUACCAGUGAAUUUUUCUCAAACACUUGAAUUGAGUUUAGAGUAUAAAAACUGAUAAGAUGAAAUUCCACAAAACAGAUAAGUUCACAAAUUAGGGUAGGUACAUUUUGUUUCCAUUCCUUUUAUAAUUAGUAUGUACAUUACUUUCUGCCAAUGGUGCUAUCAUAGUAGACUUACAAUCCAGUCCCAAGAUUUGCUGCAGGAAGCAUUAAGUAUUUUGGAUGGGAUGUACCAACAGCUAGAUUACAAUAUUGUCACAAAACUGGAUAUUGUAUUGGAACUGCAGACACCAGGAGAACUGAGGUUCUGACAGCUUUAGGCUGAGGUUCUGACACACAACAAUGAAUCUCCCUCUCCUAAACUACAGUUUGUCAUUCACAAGGAUUUUUAAAAAUUACUUUAGCAGACAGCUGCUAAAUGGCAAG